AUUGGGGUUAACAGCUAUAGUUACGACAAAAAAGAAAUGUGCAAAAUGUUUGUGAGCCAUGUGAUAUGAUUUAAUAACGCCAGUGAACACAAUGGAGAGACGUCAUGUUUUGACACAAAUACUUGUAGUCUUGGUUUUAAUGAUUGCUUGCCAUGGAAAAAAUUAUCGGACGCCAGUGAUCCGUUAUCCCAAGGACACAAAUUUUUGGGCGACUGAUUUUUUUGUUAAAGGAUGCCGAAAUUUUAUUCAAAAAUGUCCAGCUAUGUACAAAGUACAACAUAUAUGCGCACGAAACUACAACGGUGUGUACAGAAACUUUCCUAACUAUUGUCAAAUGCAAUAUGAAAAUUGUAACACUUGGCGCAAUUGGCGCGUAUUCAAGCGAGAGAGAUGUUGACUCCAAUAGAUGUAUUCCUAGCUCAAUUUCCGUCAUCAUAACCUUCUCUAACAACGUUAUUGUCAAACGAAUCCGUGAAAUCUAAGAGUAGAUUAGAUAAUAAAAUAGGUUUUUUUUUUCAUGUUAUUGAAAAAAAAUUAAAAUUUGAGGUUACCAUGUAUAAUUUUAUUAUUUGUUCUUCACAAUUAAAAGUGGAAUUCAUGA